AUGUUGGUUACUGGUGAUAGUCUAAAAAUGAUUGAAGAAAGCAAAAGUGAACUACAACAAAUAUUCCAAAUGAAGGACCUAGGGGAAUUGAAGUACUUUCUAGGAAUAGAAUUUGCUAGAUCAAAGGAAAGAAUUUUGAUGCACCAAAGAAAAUACUCAUUAGAACUCAUCUCAGAGUUGGGAUUGUCAGCUGCUAGGCCAAUAUGUACUCCAAUUGACAUCAAUGUGAAGCUGACAACAAAGGAAUAUAAUGACUAUCUGAAGAACAACAAUGCAAAACAAUUGAAGGGUAACAAUGCAAAAGAACCACUACUAUCAGAUGUAGGCUCAUACCAAAGACUGAUAGGCAAAUUACUACAUCUUACAGUUACAAGACUAGAUAUUUCCUUUAGUGUGCAAACUUUGAGUCAAUAUCUUCAACAACCAAAGAAGUCACACAUGGAACCAGCUACAAGAAUUGUUAGAUACAUUAAGAAUCAGCCAGGACAAGGAGUGUUGAUUUCCAACAAACCAAUUCAAGAAGUAACGGCAUUUUGUGAUGCUGAUUGGUCAGCCUGCACACACACUAGAAGAUCUGUGUCAGGAUUCCUUAUCAAACUAGGAGAAUCAUUAGUAUCCUCGAAAUCCAAGAAGCAAACAACUAUUUCCAGAAGUUCUGCAAAGGCUGAGUAUAGGAGUAUGACAAUAACAGUUUCAGAACUCACAUGGCUAUUGGGAUUACUCAAAGAACUAGAAGCUGAAGUUAAACUGCCUGUCAAUAUCUACAGUGACAGUAAAUCAACAAUACAAAUAGAAGCAAAUCCAAUCUUUCAUGAGAGGACAAAGCAUAUUGAGAUAGACAGACACUUCAUUAGAGAAAAAAUUCAACAAGGAUUUAUGUAG